CUCUCUAGUUAUCAAGAAAUAAGAGCCAAAACAAAACUCUUCAACUGAUCAAACAUAUUACGGCUACUUGCCUUUGCUGUUGGACUUCGCUCUUUCUGAUUCUUCUCUGCAACCUGUGGUAUGGAGACAGUGAGAGUGAAAGUGGAAGAAAUGGUAGCUGGUUCGUCGUCUUCAGCUUCCUCUUCCCCUUCAAGUCUCUCUCCUCGCCCAAUGGAAGGGCUGCACGAGAUGGGGCCUCCUCCAUUUCUCACCAAGACAUUUGAAAUGGUGGAAGACCCGUCCACCGACCCUGUUGUUUCUUGGAGCCUUGCUCGUAACAGCUUCAUAGUCUGGGACUCCCACAAGUUCUCGACCACCAUUCUUCCUCGCUACUUCAAGCACAGUAACUUCUCCAGCUUCAUUCGCCAGCUCAAUACCUAUGGAUUUAGAAAAAUUGAUCCAGACAGAUGGGAGUUUGCGAACGAGGGGUUUUUGGGCGGACAGAGGCAUUUAUUGAAGACCAUCAAGAGAAGAAGAAAUGUGUCACAGAGUGUACAGCAAGAACGAGGGGUUGCUUGUGUUGAACUGGGGCAAUACGGAUUGGAAGGCGAGCUCGACAGGUUGAGAAGAGACAGGACGGUGAUCAUGGGCGAAAUUGUGAAAUUGAGACAGCAACAGCAGAAUUCGCGGGCGCAAUUGAUUGCAAUGGAGGAAAGAUUCCAGAGCACAGAGAAGAAACAACAACAGAUACUCACUUUUCUUGCCAAAGCACUGAAAAACGCAAAUUUUAUACAACAAUUUGCCGAGAGAAACACCCAAAACAGAGAAUUACUUGGUGCUGAUAUUAGGCGAAAGAGGAGACUAACUGCAAGCCCGAGUGUGGAGAAUUUACAGGAUGAUCCUGUUACGGUGGCUGUACCUAGCGAACCAGUGGUGGACUAUUCAACCCAAGAACAAGAUGAAUUGGCAACGAUAGAAUCUGAGAUAGAGACUUUUUUCUCAGCUACUCAUGAUAAUGAAUCAAGCAGUGACAACAAGGAGCCAAUAUCAAGUUCAAUCCCUCCAGCGAGCGGAAGCAAUUUGGGUUCAGUGAGUGACACAAUCUGGGAGGACUUACUGAACGAAGACUUAGUUCAUGGCAAUCCGGAUGAGGAAGUUAUAUUUGGUGACCAGUCCCAAACCGAUGCGCCGGUGGAAGACUUGGUACCACAGUCCGACGAGUGGGCUGAGGGCUUGGAGAACUUGGUAGAUCAGUUGGGUUAUCUUGGGUCCAAAUCCCUGUAAAUACAUAAGAAGUCGUUCAUUUUUACCAGUUUGGCCUCUGCAACUCCAUCGUCCAUCCCCUGCCUCGUUUGUGUGGGGAAGGUGGUAGUUGCUGAAGAGGCCAGCACAUAUUGCUGUUUGUUUUAUCUGUAUCCUUUAUAAAUAAUCAGCCUAGGCAUUUGAAUAUUUUUGUGCUUAUCAUGAUUAAUUCACUUUGUCAACAUGGUGCAUUUUGCAGGCUGUGUCCACCAGGAGACGAAGUCGUGUAAUGCUGCAGAGGAUCAUUGACUAGAUUCUUUUCUGGGAUUUUACUGUUGGCCCUGGGGCCAGUGCAAGCUCCACUGACUUGUGGAUAAUCUUGCACAUUAUUUUGCUUGUGACAUGCAUUAUGUAUUGUAUUUUGGUCAAUAUUUCUAUAGAAAUAGAUGGAUAAGCGUCUGAUGUUCACAAUCCAUCAUAUUGUAUCAAGAAAGAUUUCUUGAAAACUAACAAGAUGAGUCGAUUUUGCUA